GAGAAAAGAAAGUGAAAAUGCAGCGGACCAAAAAUAUCUUUGAUGCCAUUUUGUGGAGCUCGACGAGUACUAUAAAUGAGAGAAAAAGAAAAAAUUCGACUGAACACUUUUUGUGCUGGGAGGCCUGAAAGUUAGACAUUUUGAAAAAUGGGCGUUCAAACAUAGACUUCUUACUCAAAGAUGGAGAUAGAUAUCGACAUUAUCCUUUUUUCAUUGGAUUAAGCAGCUCUUUAGCUUCAUUUUUAUCUAUAGUGUAAGAGCUUUUUGUUUUCUUUUACCUUCAGGAGAGAUGAAAUACUAAGGGCCCCUUUUUACAUUUUCGGCCAUUUUUUGGCAGCUGGCCUGUGCUUGUAAAAAUUGUAGAACAGUUUUGAGCAUCAGCACUUAUACUACUCGAGCUGCUUCGUCGUAUAGUAUAUUAAACGUCGAUGUUAACUCUGUUGAUGUAAAGAAAAACAAGGUCAAAGUUGCUUCGUUCUCAGAGAGGUCAAAACCUGAUAUUCCUAAACGGGCAUGUAGAAUAUGACUUUUUUAAUGAACAAAUGAGCAAUUCCAUGUAACUCUCUAUGCUCUAUACGGCACAAAUGUUCAAAUUUUCGCGGCUGUCAUGUCUGUAUAAAGUGAACGGACCUGAAUGGACAUACCCAGCUAAGAACUUUUCUGGACACCCACUGAAUGUCCGAGGGGAGGCUCCAAGUAUUUCUCAUCAAUUCGCCAUGAUAGACUGUCUAUAUUCUGUAAGUUUUAUUAUCCGUAGAUGACUUUUUUUUAGUCGUAGAACCAUUAGGUUAUCAAAAAGUUUAUUAAUUUUUUUAAAAAAAUUACUUUUCAUGUGAUUUGUGUUUCCGAUGUAGGGUAUUUACCCAUACAUACAAACACAUACAUACUCACACCAAUAUAUAUAUAUAGUCACACACACACACACACACACACAGUUCGAUCUUGUUUUUUAAUUGAGGAAUUGUUAGAUCUGAGUUGUCAAUGCUCACUUCUUGGCCCAAUGUUGUUCGAAUAAUGACGGUUUGUGACUGUCCAACUACCAGGUCAAGUGUGCUCUCUUCUGAAUGUUAUAAUCACUGAGUGUUGGACUGUCUUCUAGCUGUUUACCAGCAAAAAUCAAUCGCUGUUUAUCGGGUGGAACACCGUCUUUGUCUUGAAUUUUCGCUUUCACAUUUUCAAUGGUACUUUACCGAUGAUGACAACAAUCUUUCCAUCAAUUCAUUCUGUUGAUGAACAAUUGGCACCAGACCAAAAAUAAAUAUUGAAAAUGUAUAAUAAAGCAACUAAUCAAAAAGAAAAAACAUCUGUUGUUUCUUAAAAGUUAUUUUGAUAUAAAUAAGAGAAUAAUUGACAUUGUUUUUAUCAUUUUAUUAGAGACGUUUCGUUAUGAACUCAUAACAUCAUCUGUCGAAACAUGAAAUGAAUGAACAAACAAGACGAAAGAGUAUAUAUAUAUCAUAUGAAAACUAUCUACUUUUUCCACGCAUCGAUUCAAGCAGCGGGUGUGCGAUAUUCGGAUUCAGCAUGUCGAGAAACCUUUUUCACCUAAGUUUCGUCUUGAAUGCAGACAAAAAGUUCCCGUCGAAAUUUUUGUCUGAGGUCCCCCUCAGGUGUUUUGCCUAAAAUUUAGGAAGAAAACUUUUUUUGUGUCUUUAUUAGACUCUGUACGCCAAUGUGCUUGUCGAUUAAAUAAAAAACUAGAUAAAUUAGAUAUUUUGAUAAAUAAUGCCGGCAAAUAUUAUUUUAUUCAAAUAUAAUCGAUUUUUUUUUAUUAUAUAUAUUUUUCUAGGUAUCAUGAUGAUACCGUAUGAAAAAUCGCCUGACGGAUACGAACUACAUUUAGUCACAAAUCAUUUCGGACACUUUUUAUUGACAAAUUUAUUAUUGAAUCUAAUGGAAAAAGCGCCAAAAGCAAGAAUCAUCAAUAUAUCUUCGCUAGCACACAAAAUGUAUUUAUAUUAUAUAUAAUGAAUUGAUGCUUAUGCUCAUUCAAAAUUAUGUAAUAUUUUAUUCACACGAGAAUUAGCCAAACGUUUGAUAGGUAACCUAAAAAUUAAUCUUAUUUAUUCAAUUAUCAAUUGAAAUAUCAAAUUAUAUUUGUAGGAACAAAUACAACCGCCAAUUGUCUUCAUCCUGGUAAACUGUUUAUUUGAGAAAUUAGUCACCCACAUUAAUAUUCAUUAUUUUCAGGUGUAGUUCGAACAGAAUUACUGCGUAGUCUUGAUGGAACAUAUGCAUCGUUAUCGACACAAUUUCUUAAAACAUUGUUAUCAAUCUGGUGGUUUGUAUCGAAAAAUAGCAUACAAGCAGCUCAAACUACAAUCUAUUUAGCUAUUGAUAAACAAUUUGAUACGACAACAAGGCAAUAUUUUAGCGAUUGUGCAAAAGCAAGAACAACAGCAGCUGCUAUGGAUGAUGCAUCCGCUGCUCGACUUUGGCAUGACAAAUUUAUCUAUUAA